AUGGCACGUUAUCGAGGCAUAACGUUCCUCUACCUCACAUGUAUAUUACAACUACAGGUAAGCCGAUGAUUUUACUUACGUUUUAUUUAGAUUGCUUUAGCCAACCUUUCUCUUCCACUUUACUAGUCUUACCACAACUUUAUUUCCCGUUUACGGUCCUUGCAAGCGGUUAGAUCGUUUAUGAGUUGUCUUGGGUCCCUUAAACCGCUUUACACUCCAUGGUUUCAGUGGAAUGGCGCCUUUCACGUUACUCUUGUCUGAUUUGGGGUGACUUCUUUAAAAGUCUAUUGGUCAACAACAAUAUAUGUGCAAGAAAAGGGCGUUUAAGGGGAAAAAAAGGCACGUCGCGGAGAACCCUAGAUAAAGUGGAACAUCCGUCCAAUCCAUCAUUUCUUAUCAUAACAAUCAGCUACUCGAACAUCGCCAAGUCUUUUAAUGGAAAGCGCGAAUUUUAUUGCUUUUUUUUACGGCGAUUUGAGGUUAGGUGGGAGGGACGAUGAGCCGUGCCAGGGUGUUGUUGUUGGAUUACGUCAAAAUAAUGUUGACGGAAGUGUAGAUUAGAUGAGAAUUUUCGUUUCGAAUAAUCAAAACAGGGACGAUUUAUAAGGCGUAGAAGUUACAAACGGUGAUUGCGAUCGGGGAUCUUGCAGAUUCAAGGUUAUGACACCUUUGCAAGCUCCCGAACUCUUAAGAAACAAGAACAUCUGGGUCAUACGACGAUUAUCCCAGUGACCUCGGGGCUCCUCAUUUCCCUCGUAUUUUGCCAAUGACCUCGACCGCAACCUCACGUGAGGCGAUCGGGGGUAAUGGGGUGGAAAGUAAAGGAACGAUACGUAAAUUACACCUAUUCUAGAUCGCCCAUUCCAUCGUGCAUUUCUUCUCCGCCGAUGAUUUAAAAUUUACAUUCGGAGUCAAUCACCAUCUGGAGGUGCCCGAAUAUUCACAUGCAUUCCCAAGUCUCCGACGAGAUUCCAAAGGUACCCCCAUUGGAUUGGAAGUGGAUAUAAAUGACAAACAUUACUCCCUCAGUCUUCAGUCAGUCACAAAUCAACUGGUUGAUGGACGGGCGACUGUUGUUAGCAGAGAAGGGCACCAAGGAGGAGGAAAGUUGGAGUUCGUGGGGGAUCAUGAGGACUGUCAUUAUCACCAUGAAAGCAAUCAUACGAUGGCCGCAAUCUCAACAUGUGAUGACACUUUGGUAAGAAAAUCUACUCUACUCUCUAAGAUCCGUACAUUCUCAAAAUUCUCUAAGGCUUUUAACGUUAAAACAACUUUUUGGAGUUAUAAAAAGUCAGAUAAACUUUUACUCAAAUGACCUUUGCGAUUUCAGAAGGGAACGAUUAUAACUGAAGAUGGUAUCUUUGUGAUCCAUCCAAUCCCAGAGAAGCAUAUGAACCGAAUCAAACGAUCCGCCGACGGAAUGGGCCUCCAUGUCAUCUACAAAAGAUCCGUGAGCAAUGACGAGUUCUGUGGCCUAGACAACACAAUCACAAGUGAAGAAUUACUCGAUGACGAGGCUGGGAUCAACGAGGAUGUCUUUGUGACGGGCGAACGACUGGUCCAAGGAGGGCAAGAACUUGUUGUUGAACUUGCUAUCUUUGUUGAUGAACUUUUAUGGAGACAUUUUAAUAGUCAAUAUGGAGGUGCUGCUUGGCAGAAAUUACAACAAUACGCAGUGACUAUGCUGAAUAAUAUCCAGAUCAUGUACAAACAACCAAGUGCCGUGCCUCGGCUUUACUUUCGAAUCGUGAGAUACGAGGUUUUCAAGACUCAGCCCAGUGCAAUGGCCCCUCACUUACAUAACAAUGGACAUGCCCAGAUGUAUUUGGAUAGAUUCUGUAAAUAUCAGAGAGGUCUUGGAGUCAGAGAUUGGGACCACGCGCUUCUUUUGACUGGAUAUGACAUUCAUAGAGGUACUGGAAGUAGAUCUAUCUCCGGCAUAGCCAGACUGGAUGGAAUGUGUGAUCCUUGGAACACUUGUACCUUGGCUGAGGGCCUUGAUUUUACAUCUGCGUUUAUUGGAACUCAUGAACUGGGUCAUAGUGUGGGAAUGAGACAUGAUGAACCUUAUUGUGCGUCUACUUUCAUCAUGAGUUCUUCAUUGGGUCCAGGGAAGGUGACAUGGUCAACAUGUUCUCUCAGAGAUUACCACACUUUCUUGCAACGACUAGAGUGGGUGUAACUUUGUAUUAAUAUUACUGUUAAUGUUUAGUGCCCGUGGAAAGAAUUGCCUCCGAACAUCCUACAUGCCGGAGAAAGUUCCAUUAAGUGAUGCGAUCAAGCCAGGCCAAUUGUAUGAUGCCAAUACUCAGUGUAUGUUGAUGCACGGCCCCGGUUACAUUCAAGUGAAGCCGAAGCAAGAUCAUUAUGACGGGAUUUGUUACAUGAUGUGGUGUGGAUUGGGUCAAUUUGGUCGUAUCAUCACUUCUCAUCCGGCUUUGGAAGGUACUUUCUGUGGUCCCAAUAAGUGGUGCCAACUGGGUCGUUGUGUUCCCUGGAGUCCCUCGGCUCCCACUCCCGCUGCUACGGUGGCGCCUUCGAUUCCGGCGCCUGUUCCGACUGUAAGAUAGAUUGUCUUUUCCGUCGUAUUUCCGGUUCUCUGCAUCUCCAUUUCCAUUACUUUUAUUUGUUUUGACAGUUUUAUUGUUUCCGUUUUAGCGGGUGGAUGGGCAAUGGUCUGCCUGGAGUGGACUGGCCUGUUCCCAAUGUUCUUGUACUGAUAUUAUUGGGGCCAUUGGGGUCACAAUGAGUACCAGAACUUGCUCCAAUCCCACACCGGCCAAUGGAGGAUCUGAAUGUACGGGAUCCAAGUACCGAGCAGUUGUUUGCAAUAAGAACUGCCGGCCUCAAACUCUCUCCGUGAACCAGGUAUGGCGCUUUGUUUAUUCGUAUGUCUGUUGCUUUCAAUUCUGAUUGAUCAAAAGUCUAGACCGAUCACAGUCUUUACCUCGUCACAUUUGUAAAAGUAACACCCGAGGGGAUGGGAAAGUGAAGGAAACUGUGCAGUGAUUGAUGGUCAGAACGACCGGCUUCCGUCCAUUAAACCGUUUAUUUCUCUGCUUUCAGUACAUCACAAACAAGUGCAGUGAACAUAAGCGAAUCAAAAACGACCCUGAGCUGACCGGUACAGGAAGCCAGUUGACGCGGCAUCCCCAGCGUGCUUGUAAAGUAAGUGCAGCCGACGGAGAAAGGGCCGUUCUUAGGUCCGAACAUCAAUUUAAUCGAUUCAAACAAGCAACGGGUUACAGAAAGUGAUAAUUAGGGGUUAGAAGGAGGGACGCGGGCUUGGAAUGCACAAUUUGAGGAGAUUUAAGAGGUCAAUGGGUCUAGUCGAUGAAUAGAGGUGGCCAAAAUACUGCCAUAGAAGUCAAGGGGAAUAUUUGAUUUCAAAAAAGAUUUUAAUCAAAAAACUAGUAGCAUUAAUUAGUUUUUAUUCAAAUUCAAUCAAAGUAUUGCACCGCUGAUUGAUGUUGUUGACAUCAUGAUUUGUCACCACACCUUUGCGGAGUUUAAUUUUGACACAUUUACGCGGUAAAAUAUCAAAAUAUCACGAAUUAAAUUGCCUCCGAAACCAGUUUCCCGGUUGUGUAAUUCCAUUUUAGGUGUUCUGCGACGUGAAAAACACUUUCGGUGGACAGAGAAACUAUCGAUUCUACGGGGACAACCUCCCCGAUGGUACGCCCUGCGGCUGGGAUCGGUAUUGUCUGAGUGGGGAGUGUCUUGUAAGUCGCUACUUUUGGAAGGAUUGUCUCCGGCAAACUAACAACGCUUUGUGGCCGACGGCUUUUAAACGCUCUAACAUUCGACGACAUCCAAACAAAAAGUCUAACCACAAAGCGAAGAACAAAACAACAAAGAAUAAGGUGAAAAAGACUCAGAAAAAGACAGAAGUCGAGAAGAAGAGCAAGGAUAAGUUGAAUCAUGAAGCCUCGAUAAAACCCAGACCAAAAACAACACCAGCCCCCUACUACUCGUUGUCCCAGCUUAGUAAACGUCAACUAAUAGAUAAGCUUGUUCUUAUGUUCAAAUCUCGCCCUUUAUUGCCCGAGGUCAUCCAACAUCGGCGAUAUCUUUGGGCCCGCAUGAUGCAUUUGCCAAACCCGGAAGGCGAAUUCUCUGCAAAUUAACGCUAAUCUUGUCUGCAGUGGUCCCUUAAAGAGCCCAUCUGAAGUCUUUUUUCUUGCUACGGGUCUUCUGAAUGUCUUUCAAGGCCGAAUCGGUCCUUUCUUGUGUUUCUAACUAACUAAUAAACAUUCGUUUGUCGUCUGUAAAGACUCAAGUGUGCAAUUAACAGAAACCUUAACAGCUUUUUGUGUGUUUGUAAAAAUAAAAGUGCUGCCUGUAAAGCUAAUAUAUAAAAGCUAAAUAUAUGGCUUCUCUUACGUUGAAUUAGUUAGCUUUUGCGGAAUGAAACGCUAAAGGUUUGCUUGGUUGAUCACCUUUAACAAUUGUAAAACCAUUAAUAAGUGUAAGAAAACAGAGUUGUAAUGAUGGAUACUUAUUCUCAGGACCUCUCCUGUGACUCCCAAGUUCUUCUCGCACGAGAUCUGGGAUGUCCAGCACCAGCUGACCGAUGUCCAUUAAACGCUGCACCAGCCGUCCCAGCGAAUUCAAUACAAGGAGUCUGGGGCGUCUGGUCUCUUUGGUCGAGUUGUACAGUAUCUUGUGGAGGAGGGGGAUAUCAGAUCAGGUCCAGAACAUGCAGCAUUCUGAACAAAUGUGAGGGCCAAGCAACGGAGAGAGUGGCUUGUGGCCAACAAGCCUGCCCUGUGCCAUCUUCCAAUGAACCCGCGUGGACUGAUUGGACUAGUUGGAACCAAUGUUCGGUCAGUUGUGGAAGGGGAUCCCAGGCUAGGUAUCGAAGAUGUCAAACUCCUCAGACGACCAUAGCUUUCUCCUGUGCAGGUAAAUCUCGAACCAAAAAUAUUUCCCGGGGUGUCAUUACAUUAAAACUACAGUAACUCGACACGCUUCUUUCUUUGAUUGAUCUCCACUCGUUUCUAUAACAACAUAGCGCUCUUUUUCUGAAACAGAAAUUAAUUUCACUUACUAAAUUUCAUUUCCCCGGAAACAUCAAACAACAAUGUUUUUAUUGGGUGGGUAUAAUCAGAAGACUUUUUAAACCAAAAACUUCCGUCUCCCUGGCAGGAGAUCUUUUAAAGCAAUUGAUGACUUUCUUACAAAGAUUCAGGAAACAUUAAAGAACAAAAUUAACGAAUUUUACUAAAACGUUGUAAAUACUUCUCUCAUCAGGUCAAACAAUGGAUAUACGAAAUUGCGAAGAGUUGGUCUGCUCAGUCCGGCCGAAUAAUGGAAUUGGAAAUUGGGCCAAUUGGGGAGAAUGGGGAACAUGUUCAGCCAGUUGUGGUCCAGGAACACAGACAAGACAACGAUUUUGCACAAGAGUAAGAAUAAUGAGAGAUAGAGAGACUAAUGUAAACUUAGGAGCCAUGUGAUGGGUCUGGAACUCAAAGAAUGGCCUGUAAUCUGAUGGAAUGUGGAAGUUGGACUCAAUGGAGUCUCUGGUCCGAAUGCUCGAGACUUUGCGGACGAGGAAUUAGGACUAGAAGCAGGUAAGCCCGGAUAAGGAGGAGGUGUUUGAAGUUUAUUAGAUUCGAGACGUUAAAACGAACCAAUUCCAGAGGCUGUCCCAAUAACGCAUGUACUGGACCAGCAGUUGAACAAGGGUUCUGUAAUGACUUUGCUUGUCAAUCAGGAGUCUCCAAUGGACAAUGGAGUGGUUGGUCAGAGUGGGGAGUGUGCUCAGUCAGUUGUGGAGCUGGCGUCAGAAGGCGGACACGACAUUGCCAAAGUGGAAACUGUCCCGGAGACUUCAGGCAGCAAGAAUUGUGUAACGAGGGCUCUUGUCAAACGACAAAUGCCAACUGGGGAGGUGAGAAAAAGCGGCGUAAUCAAGGGGGUCGGCGAUUUAAGUCUCGGUCUUCUCGCAAUAAUAGUAAUAGUAACGGUAUUCCCAAUCCUCCGGUUCAAGGACCGAGAAUUCAGUCGGGGCUAUCACAACAGAAGGCAGUAACACAGCAAUCACCUGCAGUUAUUCAACCGGCUAGUCAACAACAAGGAGUUGCAUCGACGCGAAGCCAACUUCCACGACCUCAGCCACAACAAACAUCUCAACAACAGGUUCUUUUACAGCAACAACAGCCUGUAGGUCAGCAAAUGCAACCGCAGCCAAUCCAAAACCAACAGGCUUCACAACAAAUGUCCCAAAUUGAACAACAAGCAUUCCAGCAACCAGCUCAAGGAGUCCAACAAGGAUUCGCUCAGCCUUGGCCUAGGCCUCAACCACUCCAGCCCACCUUCCGACAACCUCAACUCCAGCCUCAGCUUGUAUCUUCACAGCCAUUUCAGCCAGCAUUCCAACCCGGACUCCGGCAGCCAGUCUUCCAACAACAGCCUGUUCAACCCGUAUUCCAACAACCUUUUAAACAGCUACAGCCUCAACAAUUCUUCCAACCCGGCCGAUAGUCCAUUUUGUGUAGCCCCGACGAUGGCCUUUCCUUUUUAGUCUCCAAUUGUUACAUCCGUCAAGGGUCUGCAACCACGCAAGCCACAUUAAUCACCUCAUCCAAUCGCUCUCUGAUCACUUUUUUUACAGUAUCAACUUCUUUUCUAACUCUCUAAUCGCUCUGAAGGUCACUGCUGUUUCUGUUAGGUGACAAUUGGUACUUCCCAUUGAUUAAUCAUCCGAUCACAGGUCGUAACCACUUUUCAGCACUCAUUUCGAGUGAUAACAUCACUCUAAUCUCGGGCUAUGGUGGCAGUUAAGAUGUCCAUUUAAACGUUUUAACCCUCGAUUUCAGGUUGGGGCUACUGGUCGGCCUGUUCCGAGACUUGUGGCCAAGGAGUGCGACGACGAAUCCGCAAGUGUUACGGAUUCGGAUCAUGUGCGGGCACCGAAUUCGAGAGGGAAGGCUGCACUCAACAAGCCUGUUAA